GUGGGUGUUUGGGAGCAGGAAUGGGACCUGCUCCCACCCUCUGGCCAUCCCCACCGCCAUCGAUACGGCAAAGUAAGGGUUUUUGUGGGCUCCCCGCUCUGUGUUCCCAUGCGCGUGGGUGAUUUGGGUGCCGUGGGGCUGGCCGGGAGCCGGUGUGGUGCAGAGGGGUGCCAGGCUGGCUGGUGCCCAGCAUCCCCCCCAGUUCAUGCCCCGAGCAUCCUUGACGCUGAGCCCCGCUCCGUGCCGUGGGCUGGAGCAGCCGCGGUCUGGGCUGUGCCAGGGCUGCGGUGAGGGACGCCCUGAGAGCUGCCCGGGAGCGGGGGGGUCUCCCAGCGCCCACCCGGGUGAUGCCCAUGGAGCAUCCCCCUGCCCGCUCUCGCCCGCCUCCUGCGCGGGGCCCUGCUCCUCCGCUGUGGAGCCGAAGCGUCUCGUUUCAUAACGCCGACGAGCAUUUCUGAUAAAAAUAGGCUGCCCCGCUCCACGCUGCCUCUCUCACGCCGUUACGUAAACGCUGCCUCGUCUCGGCCGAUGCCGCACGCUGCCGGCGGUGGGACCGCGGUGCCGGGCUCCUCGGCAGCCCCGGCUGCUGGCACCCGUCCCGUCACGGGGCUGGCGGGGCCCUUGGGGUGGACGCUCCCCCCCGCUUCCCCAGGCACGAAGGGCCGAGGUCGCUCCUUGUCCCUCGGGGGGGACGAGGAUUUGCCGCGAUGCAGCCGUAGCAUCCCUGCCGGCGUGGGAGGCUUCGCAGCACCCGCUUCAGACCCGAGACGGCACCCCCCUUAGCGAGCUCUCCUGGUCCUCCUCGCUGGCCGUCGUGGCUGUUUCCUUCUCGGGGCUCUUCACCUUCAUCUUCCUCAUGUUGGCCUGCCUGUGCUGCAAGAAGGGGGACAUUGGCUUCAAGUUCUCUCUGCUCGGGGUGUGCCCCCCCACGCGCCCCCCGGCCCAGGAGUUUGAGAACGCCGAGGGGGACGACUACGUGACGGAGCUCUCGGCCCAGGGCUCGCCCGCCCCCCAGCAUGGCCCCGAGGUCUACGUGCUGCCCCUCACCAAGGUCUCCUUGCCCAUGGCCAAGCAGCCGGGGCGCUCAGUGCAGCUCCUCAAGUCGGCGGACCUGGGGCGGCAGAGCCUGCUCUACCUGAAGGAGAUCGGGCACGGCUGGUUCGGCAAGGUGUUCCUGGGGGAGGUGAACUCGGGCAUCAGCAGCACCCAGGUGGUGGUGAAGGAGCUGAAGGCGAGCGCCAGCGUGCAGGACCAGAUGCAGUUCCUGGAGGAAGCGCAGCCCUACAGGGCCCUCCAGCACACCAACCUGCUGCAGUGCCUGGCCCAGUGCGCCGAGGUCACCCCGUACCUGCUGGUGAUGGAGUUCUGCCCGCUGGGUGACCUGAAGGGGUACCUGCGGAGCUGUCGGGGGGCCGAGGCCAUGACCCCGGACCCGCUGACCCUGCAGAGGAUGGCGUGCGAGGUGGCCUGCGGCGUCCUGCACCUGCACAGGAACAACUACAUCCACAGCGACCUGGCCCUGCGGAACUGCCUGCUCACCGCAGACCUGACCGUCAAGAUCGGAGACUAUGGGCUCUCGCACUGCAAGUACAAAACCCUGCAUACUUGGCAGGACGACUACUUCGUGACGGCCGACCAGCUGUGGGUGCCGCUGCGCUGGAUCGCACCCGAGCUCAUCGACGAAGUGCACGGCAACCUGCUCAUCGUGGACCAGACCAAGUCCAGCAACGUCUGGUCGCUGGGCGUCACCAUCUGGGAGCUGUUUGAGCUGGGCAGCCAGCCCUACGACCACUACUCCGACCGGCAAGUGCUCGCCUACGCCAUCAAGGAGCAGCAGCUCAAGCUGCCCAAGCCCCAGCUGAAGCUGUCGCUGUCGGAGCGCUGGUACGAGGUGAUGCAGUUCUGCUGGCUGCAGCCGGAGCAGCGCCCGACGGCGGAGGAGGUGCACCUCCUGCUCUCCUACCUCUGCGCCAAAGGGGCGACGGAGGCAGAGGAAGAGUUCGAGAAGCGCUGGAACUCCAUGAAGCCCAACGGCAGCGCCAGCGCCAGCCACCACGGUGCCGAGCUCUCCUCCUUCCCGCUGCUGGAGCAGUUCUCGGCCGACGGCUUCCCCUCGGACGGGGACGACAUCCUCACCGUCAUGGAGACCAGCCACGGCCUCAAUUUCGAGUACAAGUGGGAGCACACCAAGACAGAGCACUUCCAGGCGCCCCUGGGGUCCCUGAGCCCCAGCAGUGCCGCCCGCUACCACGACCUCUACUACCCGGCCACAACCGCGGGGCACCUGAGCCUGGGGGUCUCACCCUCCUGCUACGAGUGCAAGCCACCGGGCUGCCCUGGCUUGCCGGCACCCAGCGUGGUGCCCAUCCUGGGCGCCCACAGCCCCUCGCUCGGCAGCGAGUACUACAUCCGCAUCGAGGGGCCCGGGGAGGGCGGCGCUGAGCUGGACUACGCCAUGUGCGCCUACAGCCCCGCGGGCGAGCGGGGGUCCCCGCGCCCCCCGUCCUGCUGGAGAGCACAGGGUGCCCGCAACGGCAGCACCUACGACUCCGACAGCAGCCCCACUGUCUCCCUCAGCAUGGAGCCGCUGCUGGGCCACGCGCCGGCGGGCGAGGGCUCCUGGGAAUGCGCCGAGUACUACCCCUACCCCUGCCAGGGGCAGGAGCCGCGGGGCUACGAGCCAUCCCCUAGCCACGGGGCCGAGGGCUACCUGCUGGAGGAGGAGCCCCCCCAGCCGGGCAGCCAGGACUGGCCCGUCCCUGGUUUCCAGCCCAGCAUCUUCGCCGACCCGCUGGGCGUCUCCCCGUCGGUGAACUGCGCCUACAGCCCCCGGGGGUACGGGGAGCCGCGGGCAGCCCCGCCGGGCGGGUGGCCGCCAGGGCAGAGCGGGGCCCGGCCGGACUGCGUGGCGCUGGAGCUGGGUGAGGACAGCCCCCCCGGAGCCCCCCGCCCGCAGGGUGCGAGCCCCCCAGCUCAGCGGCACCCCUGGGCCUCCAACAGCUCCUCCAACAACAACAUCAGCAGCGGCAGCCCCGUGGCCCGUGAGCCCCCGGCCGGCGACAGCUGGUGCUACCGCCGCAUGAUCACCUUCCGCGGGCUGAUGGCCAAGCCGCUGGGCACCGUGCCACGCGGCCAGCCCCAGCUUGGGGGGUCCCCGCCGGGCCACGACUUCCGCCGCCCGCGGCAGGAUCAGGCCCCCGGCACCGCCGGCGGCUCCUCCUCCCCGUGCCGCUCGCCCUCCCCGCGGCGUCAGGCCUGGCACAGCCGUGACUCAUCAACCUCCGGCCGCUCGCAGGCAGCAGCGCUGGCUGGCAGCCCUGCCACGCCGUGGGGCCCCGGCACGGCCCUGCCAGCCGGAGCGGGGGCCCAGCACGAUGCCUGCCCGGACGAGAGCGUGGAGGGGAGCAGCCCUGCCCGCAGCCCGCUGCCCAACGCCGCGGCUGCACCGGGGACGGGGGAAGCCACCCCCAUGGCCAGCACCGCCACCGCAAACCCUGACCCCCCCGCGGAGCCCGGCGUAGAUGGCGCCCAGCCUGCGCCGGAGGCCUCCGAGGCAGCCGCGCCGGUGCCCGGGGAGGCUGUCGCUGAGAGCGGUGCGUGUGCUGCCGGCGAUGCGGACCGGACACCGGACAAGACCUUCUCCAGCGCCAGCUUCCCCAGCGUGGACGAGGGGAGCGAUGAGGACACGGCGGAGCUGACCUCCGGCGUCUUCACCGACUUCUCCGGGGACUAUACGGAGCGGGUGGAGACGGCCCCGGCAUUCAAGUCCCUGCAGAAGCAGGUGGGGACACCGGACUCCCUGGAGUCGCUGGACAUCCCCUCCACAGCCAGCUCCUGCGAGGUCUUCAGCCCCACUGCCUUCGUCCCCGCCGGCCAGCCCAAGGCGCUCGACAGCGGCUACGACACCGAGAACAACGAGUCCCCCGAGUUUGUCCUCAAAGAGCCCCACGAGCCCCGAGAGCCGGAGGCAUUCAGCCAGCUGGGGAAGCCACCCCCGGGGCUGCCGGGGGGUGACAGUGAGGGUCCGGCACCCGAAACACGGCUCUCCACCUCCCUUGGGGCUGAACUGCACAGCCUGGCCGAGAAGAACCCCUACCGCGACUCUGCCUACUUUUCUGACUACGACGCCGAGGCCGAGCGUGGCCCCAAGGAUGAGGAGGACAGCGAUGGGUCCCGGACCCCGGAGGCAGAGGAGGGUCCCCGACCCCCCACGCAGGACCUGGAGCAAGCCUCCACGCCGGGAGAGGACCCUCUGCAUCCCCCGGGGGCACCCGGCAGCCCCCCGGCAGCGCCUGGCGUUGUGGUGGCAGCGGACAUGCCAGUGCCGGGGGAUUUGGUGGGGGACUGGCGGGGGGCAGAGGCGGGGAACACGCCGGCCCCCACGGCGCCUGGCACCGAGCAGCGACCCGCCGGCACGGGGCUGGUGCCGGGCAGCUCCCCGCGCCCCGACGCAGAUGCCUGUCCGCCGGGCUCUGUGCCACCCAAGACUUUCUUCUUGACCCCGGUGCCGGUGAGCCCCGGGGAGUCGGUGCCCAUCGGAGGGACCCGUGUGCCCGAGGGCGUCCCCGGACUUGGGGAAGCUGCUGCUGGGGGCGAACAGACUGUGCCCCCCACGCCGGGACUUGGGGAGCCGGGGCUGCCACCAGAGGGGACUGGGGUGGGUGAUGCGCCCGGGGGUCCCAGCACGCUGCUACCGGGGAGUGAGUCACCUCUGGGCCUCUCCCCGCUCCCGUCCCCCCGGGAGCCGCGGCCGGCCGCCCCUGAGCGCCGUGAGGAGCCCGAGGAGGAGGAGGAGGACACGGAGGACAGCGAUGAGUCGGACGAGGAGCUGCGCUGCUACAACAUCCAGGAGCAAAGCGAGGAGAGUGAGGAGGAGCCGGCGGCUGUGCCCAUCGUGGUGGCCGAGAGCCAGAGCAGCAGGAACCUGCGCAGUCUCCUCAAGAUGCCCAGCCUGCUCUCCGAGGCCUUCUGCGAGGACCUGGAGCGCAAGAAGAAGGCUGUCUCCUUCUACGAUGACGUUACCAUCUACCUCUUCGACCAGGAAAGCCCCACACGGGAGCUGGCUGAGCAGAGCUUCCCGGAGCCACCCCAGCCUUCGGAGCAGCCCCCCGCUAGCGGCAGCCCCCCCAGCCCAGCGGACAGGCUGGGCGCCUCGGAUGACUCCUCAGACGGCAACGCCUCGGAAGAGAGUGGUGGCUUUGAGUGGGACGACGACUUUCCGCUCAUGCCGGUGAAGCCGUCCCUGGUGGCCUCGCUGACGGGGACACCGGCAGAGCCCGACCCGGCCGUGCCUGCGCUGCCCGCGCUGGUGCCGGUGCAGAAGCAGGUGCUGCCCAUCCAGUUCUCCCGGUUCACGGUUUCACCUGCCCCGGUGUCCCGGUUCUCCAUCACCCACGUCUCCGACUCGGACAUGGACUCCAUAGGAGGCAGCAGCGAAGACGGUGACCGGGAGUGAGCCAUCCGGGACGCCGGCCGGGCAUCGUCCCGGCACCGGCGCGGCAGAGGACGGCGGGGCCGGGAGCGGGGGCUGGCCAUGGGCUGCCAGACCGCGCUCCGGAUUUUUUUAGGCAGAUUUUUAUCGGAAGGAGCUCGUUUGCUGCUGCGAGCGGGAGCGGGGCCGGCGCGGGCCGGGGCCAGGCGGUGGGUGACGGCCAUGCGUGUGUGUGCGUGUGCGGGUGGCUGUGUGUGCACGUGUAUGGAUAGACACAUAUAUAUAUAUAGACAUAUAUAUAUAUAUAUAAAAAAAUUAUAGCAUUUAAAGGGUAGUGCCCUGACCUUGCUAACAUUUGCAGAGUGUCCCCCCCCCCUCCCAGUGACGUCCCCCCCCACCUUGGCUUCUUGCCCAUGUGUGCUCCCCGAGGUGGUGUUUGUCCCCCCACCCCCCUGUGCUGUCCCCCCCCCCCCGACCCUGGGCUGUGCACCUUGCUGCCGGCAGCCCCACACGGAGGCUUGGCCGCCCCACGUCACCCCGAGUGCGCCCGCUCCCCACGGCUCUCGUGCCUCCGCGCCUGGGGGGGCAGCACGGCUUGGCGGGGGGGGUGGGGCGGGGAGCUCCCCCCUCCCUGGCUUUUUGGGGAUCAGUCCCUGCCCGGCGAGGGACCCCGAGGGCUGGUGGGACCCCUGCCCCGCUGCAGCGGGGAGCGGCAUGGGGAGAGCUGAGGGGGGGGGUCCCAGCUGCCCCCGUGCAGGGCAGCCCCCAGGAACCCACUGACCGGACUAUUUUUGUAUUUAAAGAAAAGGAUUAAAAAAAACAAAAAACAAACCCCAAACCCACCCUAAAAAAACAAAACUUGCUCUCGACUGAACCCACAUUGAUGCGAUUUUAAGUUAUUGCUGCCAAAGAGACAUAAUGAGUCGGGGGGGGGGGCGGGGGGGAAGGUGCUCGCGGUUCUUCGUUGGGUUUUUUUUGUUUGUUUGUGGUUUUUUUUUGUUUUUUUUUUUUUUUUUUUUUAAUUCAUUUGAGGCUUAGGAUAAUUGUGCAAUUCCAGCUUCCAGAAGGAAAUGGAAGUAAGCGGAGCUGAGCGAAACCUUGAAAUCAGGGCUGGUUCCUUUUGGGGUCUAUAGACCAAACCCUGAGGUGAGAAAUACCACCCACCCCCCCCCGCCGCCAGACCCUCCCCUGGCCCCCCUCGCCCCCAGCCCCAUGUCCCACAGCCCUGGCUGGCUCCUGCCGCCCGUGCACGUGUGGCGAGGGCACACGUCCUCGUACACGGACACACACGCACGGACACACACGCACACGCACCCAUGUGGGACCGGGCUGGUGCCGGGGGUGGGGGGGGGCGGUUUCUGCUCCCCGCUGGGGCACGGUGCCGCAGGAUGAGCCCGUCCCCAUCCCGGCACAGCUCUGGCACCGCCGCGCUGCCGGGGCCUAGUCUGGUGCCAGGCGCAGGCAUCCAUGGCCUCACCCACCCAGCUGAGCCCCUCUGAGUCGUCCUGGGUGCCCCCCCUCUCCAGGGGACAGCCAGGGUCCCGCAGCUGGGGGUGGGGGUGUCCCCAGCUUCAGCCCCAAAAUCCAGAGCGGCUGUGCCUGCCCCGAACCCCCCCAGCAGCCAGUGGCUGAUUGCAGUUAUUGCUUUAUUUAAGUGUUUUAUUUAAGCUGCAACCUGGCUUGUAAACCACCCCCCCCCGCCAUGUCCCCCUGUCCCUGACCCUGUCACACACACACACCACACCCCCCCCCCCCCGCACUGCCCCUGCAAGCUCGUUGCUGACACGGGGUGCAGCACCCCUGGGCGGUGGGGGGGUGUGUGGGGGGGGUGCACCCUGUGCAGGAGCGGGCUGUGCCCGAGGGGGUGCCCUUCCCGCAACCCACCCCCCCCCCUCCCACCCCCCCCCCAGCUUUCCGCCACAUUGCGGGGGUGCUUCGCUCAGCGUUGUUGGGGGGGGGGGGGGAGGGAGACGGUUCUCGCCCCUUUCCCCAGGCGCCCCCCCCCCGCUCCCCCCUCGCACCCAGGGCGGUGGGAUGCUGGUCCUGUGUGUCCCCCCCCCCCCCGCCAGCCGCCGGGUUUGGUCUAUGGCGCCGCAGGUCCCUGCCUCUGGAGGGCAGCAUGAGGACAGAGCUGUGUCUUGGAUUAUUAUUAUUUCUUUUUUUUUUUUAAUAGAAAGGCUAAUUAUUACAUUGUCUAUAUUUUAUCAAUACGGGUCAUAACUGCUGUAUUUUUUAUCAGUGCUGAUUUCCAUACAGCUCCCAGCAUGUGUGUCAAAAUAUCAUCGGGCCAAUAAUAAAGUUUUUAAAAUAUCUUAA